GCAAGUGAUGAGGUGCGCAAAGGAGGCCUGGCCGAUGAGCCAGUGGUCAUGUGUGGCCUGAAGAGUGCCGCAUUUGUGAUCAUCUUCGGUGACGCAAUCCACAAUUUCAUCGAUGGAGUUGCUGUGGGCGCGAGCUUCGUCAUUUCCAAACAAGUUGGCUUAGCGACCAGUUUGGCCGUUGCAUGUCACGAGUUACCGCAUGAAUUAGGAGACUUUGCGGUGCUCAUUGAGUCCGGCUUGUCGGUGCCGCGAGCGAUGUUUCUGAACUUCUUAUCCGCUUUAACUGCUUAUGUCGGUUUAUUUGUUGGCCUGGCAGCGAUCACUAUCGACAGUGCUGUGGAAAUAAUGCUGGCCGUUACAGCUGGAAUGUUCCUGUACGUUGCCUGGCUCGAUAUGCUGGUGCACUUGAAGUUGGAGGCAGCAUCGAAAGCCGAUAAAUGGUAUGUGGUCCUGCUGCUCCAAAACGCCGGAUUCUUUGCCGGUUUCUUGAUCAUGUUCGCGAUUGGUUGGUACGAAAAAGCUCUCGCAUCGCUUUGA